UGUAGACUGUAGUGAGUGCUUCGUGUCCUUUUUCAUACUACAAAAAAUCACCCACAGUGGAUUGAAAAUGAGCUUCAUCAAUUCAAUAAUCUCCAAGACCCUUUUCAUCUUCAUCUCUGUGCUAAUCUUUUCUUCCUGUUAAUGGCGGCUUUGACAGCUACUUUAGGAACCAUCUACAACAAACCAUCUCCUUUCAACAAACCCAAAUUCGUAUACAACACCAAACACCGUAGUUCCACCAUUUUCGCGCGAACAUCUUCCAAUGUUACUGAUGAGGCAGCUUCAUCUUCCUCCUCUUCUACAAUUACACAACCGAAACCCUUCCCAGGGAAGCCAGAAGCAGAUGUUGUUGUUAUAGGGAGUGGUCUUGGUGGACUAUGCUGUGCAGGACUUCUAGCUAGAUACGGGAAAGAUGUUAUAGUUCUCGAAAGCCAUGAUCUACCAGGUGGCGCUGCACAUUCGUUUGAAAUCAAAGAUUACAAAUUCGAUUCCGGGCCUUCUCUGUUUUCCGGAUUUCAAUCUAGAGGCCUCCAGGCGAAUCCUCUUGCACAAGUUUUGGAUGCUUUAGGAGAGUCCAUUCCCUGUGUCAAAUAUGACUCAUGGAUGGUUUAUGUACCCGAAGGAGAAUUUCUAUCGCGCAUUGGUCCUACAGAAUUUUUCAAGGACUUAGAGACAUAUGCUGGUCCAAAUGCUGUUUUGGAAUGGAGAAAGCUUCUUGAUGCAAUACUUCCAUUAUCUGCAGCUGCCAUGGCUUUGCCACCUCUAUCUAUUCGAGGUGAUUUGGGAGUUGUUUCUACUGCUGGAGUUAGAUAUGCAUAUCCACUCUUAAAAUCAUUUGCAAAAAUGGGACCUCAAGGUGUUCUUGGUGCCACAAAGCUUUUACGCCCUUUUUCGGAAAUAGUUGAUUCAUUGGGACUCAAAGAUCCUUUCAUUAGAAAUUGGGUGGAUCUUUUGUCUUUCUUGCUUGCUGGAGUGAAAUCCGAUGGUGUUCUUUCAGCAGAAAUGAUUUACAUGUUUGCAGAAUGGUAUAAACCAGGUUGUAGUUUAGAAUACCCUGUUGGUGGAACUGGAGCACUUGUUGAGGCUCUUGUUAGAGGAUUACAGAAAUUUGGUGGAAGAAUCUCUCUAAGAAGCCAUGUGGAGAAUAUAGUCAUUGAAAAUGGUCGAGCUAUAGGUGUCAAGCUAAGAAGUGGUCAAUUUGUGCGUGCAAAGAAGGCUGUUGUAAGCAAUGCAUCCAUGUGGGACACCAUAAAGUUAUUACCUAAAGAAGCAGUUCCAAAAUCAUAUGAAGAAAGGAUUCAAAAUACAAAGCAAUGUGAGUCGUUUAUGCAUCUUCAUUUGGGAUUUGAUGCAGAGGGAAUACGGGAAGAUUUAGGAAUUCAUCAUAUUGUUGUGAAUGAUUGGAAUAGUGGAGUUGAUGCGGAUCAAAAUGUGGUGUUGAUAUCUGUGCCAAGUGUACUUAGUCCGGAUUUAGCCCCUCAAGGAAAGCAUGUUUUACAUGCCUACACCCCGGGGACCGAACCAUUUCAACUUUGGGAAGGUCUUGACCGUAGAAGCAAUGAAUACAAGCAACUUAAAGCCGAGCGAUCCGAGGUAUUGUGGAAAGCUGUGGAGCGGUCACUUGGUCCAGGAUUUAGUAGGGAUAAAUGUGAGGUGAAGUUAGUUGGAACUCCAUUAACACACCAAAGAUUUCUUAGAAGGAACAGAGGAACAUAUGGGCCAGCAAUAGAAGCUGGGAAAGACUCUUUCCCUGGACACCCGACUCCGAUUCCGCAGCUUUAUUGCUGUGGGGAUUCCACAUUCCCUGGAAUCGGAGUCCCUGCUGUUGCUGCUAGUGGUGCCAUUGUUGCUAAUUCACUAGUUUCUGUUUCUCAACACUCCCAACUUCUUGAUGCUGUAGGGAUAUAAUUUCGUCUAUACUACAAGCGCUUCCUCUUCGAAUGCAACACAAUUUCAAUUCCAUUGAAGAACUUUGCUGCUAAUAAGAUUCUCCUUGCAACACUAAAAAUGGCCUGCAUUUCACAUAAUCUCGGAGCUUCAAUGAAGUUAGGUCAUCUUCCUGUAUCAAAUCAAAGACAGUUUCCAAACAAAAUUUCCCAACUCUUCUUCCUACAAACCAACAAUUUGAAAUCAUCAAUAACUUUUAAUCCCCAAAAAAAUUCCCACCGUUUAAACCGCUUCAAAUCCUACACCACCAUUUUCAACAGCAUUUCCUCAGAUCAUCUACAAGAAAGAGUCACUGUAUUAGUGAUUGGUGGUGGAGGAAGAGAACACUCACUUUGUUACGCCUUGAAACGCUCUCAAUCCUGCGAUGCUGUCUUCUGUGCUCCUGGAAACGCUGGCAUUUCAAACUCAGGGGAUGCCACGUGUAUUGAAGAUCUUGAUAUCUUCGAUAGUGAAGCUGUAAUAGCUUUUUGUAGAAAAUGGGGUGUUGGACUUGUGGUUGUGGGUCCCGAAGCUCCUUUAGUCGCAGGUCUUACCAAUGACCUUCUUAAAGCUGGCAUCCACGCUUUUGGCCCUUCAUCAGAAGCCGCUGCUUUGGAAGGCUCCAAGAAUUUCAUGAAGACUUUAUGUGAUAAAUACGGAAUUCCCACUGCCAAGUAUGCAACAUUUAAGGACCCAUUAGCUGCAAAAACAUACAUAAAACAACAAGGAGCUCCAAUUGUAGUGAAAGCAGAUGGGUUAGCAGCAGGAAAAGGAGUGAUUGUAGCCAUGACACUACACGAAGCAUUUGAAGCAGUGGACUCCAUUCUUGUUUCAGGCUCAUUUGGGGAAGCUGGUUCUUCCAUAAUUGUGGAAGAGUUUCUAGAAGGUGAAGAAGCCUCUUUUUUUGCCAUUGUUGAUGGUGAGAACGCCUUACCUUUAGAAUCCGCCCAAGAUCAUAAACGGGUCGGUGACGCGGAUACGGGUCCAAACACGGGUGGUAUGGGCGCGUAUUGUCCUGCUCCUGUUUUGACUCAAGAACUCCAAUCUUUGGUUAUGGAGUCCAUCAUUCUUCCUACUGUUAAAGGGAUGUCAAAAGAAGGGUGUAAGUUUGUUGGGGUUCUUUAUGCUGGACUCAUGAUCGAAAAAAAAUCCGGAUUACCGAAAUUGAUCGAGUAUAAUGUCCGAUUUGGAGAUCCUGAAUGCCAGGUGUUGAUGGUUCGUUUGGAGUCGGAUUUAGCGCAAGUUUUGCUGGCAGCGUGUAAAGGGGAACUAAACUCGGUGAGUUUGGAGUGGGCCCACGGGUCAGCCAUGGUGGUGGUGAUGGCUAGCAAUGGAUACCCUGGAAGCUAUGUGAAGGGAACCAAGAUUCGGAAUCUUGAAGAUGCUGAGGUGGCGGCGCCUGGGGUUAAGAUAUUUCAUGCGGGGACAGGUGUCGAUGCGGAGGGGGAUUACGUGGCAACAGGUGGCAGGGUUUUGGGUGUGACUGCGAAAGGGAAAGAUCUUGAAGAGGCAAGAGAGAGAGCUUAUCGGGCUGUUGAAGAGAUUAAAUGGGAAGGAGGGUUUUAUAGGAAAGAUAUUGGGUGGAGAGCACUUCCUUUGAAACAACUUUCCUCAAAAUAAGUUUUUGGAAGUAUUUUUUAUGGAUGAUUUGCUUCAACAUUGCUUCCUGAAACCUUUUGAAUUUAAUUCCUAUGGUUUUUCUCGUUGGUGAAGUUGCACAAGUAGAAGGUUAAUUUAUUAUUAAAUUUGAAAUAUAUAUUAUUUUGAAUUUUGUGGUAUGUAUGUAUGUAUGUAUUAUUCAAUCUCUUCAACAAGAUUACAAACCAAACAGAAAAAUACAGAUAAGUUGGAAAUGGAUCGUAUCCCAUUUCUAGCACUCCUCCCUGAAAUAUUGUCUGGAUUUUGG